AUGCGAUACCCCCUGAGUGAGGAGGCCAAUAUGAUGCAACAGCCACACCUUCCCGACACUCUUGCUGGAAGCAGUCAGGAGCGUUGUCUACCAGGCAGUAGUGGUAUGGGUAUCGGCUCGACUAUCCCACGACCCCAGCUACCUUCCAAUUUCAACUCCUCGCAAUUCAACCUACUUUCCAGUGAACCAUAUCCAAGUCCCAGCCAAACUCACCACCCCUUUAAUCCAAGCCAAUCACCCUCGCACGAGACGUCUUCUCCACGCCAUCGACUAUACACUCACGUAGACGGCGGAGGGGGCGAAUGUACCGGUAGCAUUGCUGGGGGAGGACUUCUUGUUGUCAACAUAAUUGCUGGCAGUGGUCUCAAAACCACUCAAAUGCUUCUGCGUGACCUAUACUGUGUUAUAGAGACUGAUUCGGUGCGCAAAGCACGAUCGAUGAUUCGUACGAGUACGGACUACUUUGAAUGGGAUGAAGUCUUUGAAAUGGAAAUUGAAGAAUCACGUUUCCUCUCCAUUCUCAUCUACCAAUGGGACGCGCGGACCCGUCACAGAUUGUGCUUUUACGGUGGUAUUGAUCUAACCUCCCUAACACAGCAGAACCUCUCCACAUCACCUAGUCGAGAACAGAAGGAAACCGAGGGACCAGAGGACGAAUGUCAACCGCUAACGAGUCCUUUGAUUGCGCGAUCAGGAAUGCGGUUUGAGAAGAUCGCCCUUCAGUUGGAACCAAGAGGAGUUCUCUACUUACAAAUGGGCUUCCUCCCAAUGAUUGCACUAUAUAUGCGACGAAAUCUGUCAGCUGCCUACGACACAACCCUCUUUGGAGUGAGUCUGGACGAGCUUGUGUACAGAGACCGCAUGCUCGCCAGUCUUGGUGUCAUUUCUGAUUCAGUAGUUCCCUUACUGAUAAGAAAGUGUGUCGAAGAGGUGGAUAGACGAGGUACCGAGGUGGUCGGAAUCUACCGGCUCUCGGGAUCAGUAUGGAUGAAACUGCAGGUUCGCGAUCUCUUCACUCGCACCGCGGAGAAAAUUGCUCAAGGGCUAGUAAAACGGAGCGAGAAGGCGGUGAGGGGAGCUCUUGCUGCCUUGGAUCUCUCAGCUGACGCUGUUCCUGACAUACAUGCAAUAACUGGUGAGUUACAUCUGCAGCAACUUUAA